CGAACUAUUUGGAGCGAAUUGAUCUGAUUAUUUGAUCUAUUGGGAGAUCGAGAGGAACCCUAAUCCCCAAAUUGAAUUUGGAGUCAUGGCAAUCGCAAGGACUGGAGUGUACGUCGACGACUAUCUCGAUUACGCAAGUACGUUGCCUGCUGAGCUGCAGAGGCUUCUCAACACUAUUCGGGAACUUGACGAACGUUCUCAAUCAAUGAUACACCAGACGAGGCAGCAGACCUUGGGCUUGUCCAAGAAAUGGAACAACAUUGAAGAAGACGAGGCCGCCGUUGACAAAAUGCGCAAAGAGAUUGAAGCCAAUCAGGAGAAUGCUGUCAGUCUCUGUACUGAGAAGGUUUUGCUUGCUAAACAAGCUUAUGACCUGAUUGAUAGUCAUGUCAAACGGCUCGAUGAGGAUCUCAAUCAUUUUGCUGAAGAUUUAAAGCAAGAUGGAAAAAUAUCACCUGAUGAACCAGCAAUUCUUCCUCCACUGCCUAUAAUCCCCAAAACUGAAAAACGGAAGCCCAUUUAUGUAACACCUCAGUCAAAAAGAUUUGAUUAUUGGGAUCGAGAGCGUGACAGGGACUUCGAGCUUAUGCCACCCCCGGGAAGCCAUAGGAAGGAUUAUGCUAUUCCCAUGGAUGCUGAUCAACCAAUUGAUCCAAAUGAACCUACCUACUGUGUUUGCCAUCAGGUGUCUUUUGGAGAUAUGAUUGCCUGUGACAAUGAAAAUUGUCAAGGAGGCGAAUGGUUCCAUUACGCAUGUGUUGGGCUCACGCCAGAGACGAGAUUCAAGGGAAAGUGGUAUUGUCCAACAUGCAGACAACACCCACAAGGGUAAGAUGUUCAUCCUCCAUAUGGUUGUCUUGUUUGUACAACUGGUCCACUGCACACGUAAAUGAGGGAAAUGGAUUGUGAUGUUUGGGUUUUUUCAUUUGUUUUCUUCUGUUUCAAAUUUUUGAUGGAUAAUACGAGCGGGAGAUACACCUUCCGUGAAACGCCAAAUGAAUACUAUAACCAUUAAGAGUUUAUUUGGAUUGACCAAAUUAGCCCUUCACCCUUAAGUCGCAAGUCACUUAAGCAGUCAUAUUUAUAAUUUGGUCAUUCCAUUGUAAACUUGGUGAUAUCGUUGAUCUUGGUGCAUGCAGUAGUAUUGUUAUGUUAUUGUUGAUGCCGGUGAUCUUGUGUGGGAGACUUGAGGAUCUCACACAAUUGAGGGCCAGUUUGGCCCGAUGUUGCAGCAACUCAUGCUACUUCAAUUAUAAUUUAGGCAGGUUGAGCUGUUUGAUAAAAUGAAAUUAAUCAAUAUUGUAGGAGAAUUACUCUCCGUAAUCUUCCGGUGUAUCUUGUCCUAAUUA